AUGACGGCGGGUGGUUCAUCGACGGGUCGUCUGCCGACGUGGAAGGAGAGGGAGAACAACAAGAGGCGGGAGCGGAGGAGAAGGGCCAUCGCCGCCAAGAUUUACGCCGGACUCCGAGCUCAGGGCAGUUACAAGCUCCCCAAGCACUGCGACAACAACGAGGUCCUCAAGGCCCUCUGUGCCGAGGCCGGUUGGGUCGUCGAGGAAGAUGGCACCACUUAUCGCAAGGGUUGUAAGCCACCGCCACCCGAGGCCGGAACACCAUUAAGAAACAUCAGCCUCUGUUCCUCAAUCCAACCGAGCCCAAACUCCUCAGCCUUUCCGAGCCCAGCCCCAUCGUACCCCGCCAGCCCGACAUCCUCUUCUUUCCCAAGCCCAACACGCGGUGACGAGCCCACGUCCUACAUUCUCCCUUUCCUCCACAACCUAGCUUCCAUCCCCUCUUCUCUCCCUCCCCUGCGCAUUUCCAAUAGUGCCCCCGUGACCCCACCUCUUUCCUCCCCGACUAGAAACUCAAAGCCCAAGUCCCAUUGGGAGCCCAUUUCGAACGAGUCCUUGAAUUCUUUCCUACACCCUGUCGUGGCUGCUUCCUGCCCGUCCAGCCCAUCCCGCCGCCGGCGCUUCAGGCCAGUCCCGAUCCCGGAGUGCGACGAGACCGAUUUUCCGACCGCAAAUUCGGCCCGUUGGGUCAGUUUCCAGUCGGUCCCGCCAUCUCCGGGUUGCCCGGCCUCGCCGACUUACAAUCUCGUGAAGCCCACAAAUGCAGGGGAUGGCUAUGGCGGCGGGUUUGGGUGGGGCCCAGCGGCCAAGAGGGCUUGCGGGCCCGAGUUUGAGUUCGAGAGUUGCGCGGUUAAGGCGUGGGAGGGCGAGAAGAUAACCGAAUUUGGGGUGGAUGAGUUGGAGCUUACGCUUGGGACUGGAAAAACUUGCGCUUAG